UCAUGGAUUCAAAUUAUAAUUACGAUCAAUAUGCAUAAAAAGCAUAUUCAGCUAAUGUUUUCAAAGUUGAUGAAUCAGAAUUUAUUAUUGAGAAGAGAUAUAAGCCUACAUAAUAAUGUAAAUUAAUUAUUAUUAUUUCAGUGGGAAGUGGAGCAUAUGGUAUUGUUAUUGGUUGUGAAGAUACAAAAGCAACAAUACCAGAAUAAAAAAUGGUAGCAAUCAAAAAAAUAGAGAGAACUUUUGAACAUAGAUUUUAUGCUAAACGAACACUAAGAGAAUUGAAAAUCUUAAGAAAUUUAAAACAUGAAAAUGUAAGUAUCAAAACUAACAAUUUAGAUAGUUAAUCUAAUUACAAUAUAGCUUCCAAAAUCCAGAAAGAAUUUUUAUGAUAUGUAAAAAUGUAGAUCUUAAAUUAAAUAGAUAUUGUGUUACUGAAUUAUUAGAUACAGAUUUAAAACGUGUCAUUGAUAAAGAACAUGCUAAAUUGAAUUAAGAUCAUUUUAAACUCUUUUUAUAUCAAAUUCUUAGAGCACUUAAAUACAUGCAUUCUGCAAAUAUUUUACAUAGAGAUUUGGUAUAAUUUAUUAGACUAUAAAUAAUAGAAACCAACUAAUUUAUUACUAAAUAAAUAAGAUUGUAUGUUGAAGGUUUGUGAUUUUGGAUUGUCUAGAGCAUUAUUAUAGACAACUAAAACAUAAUAAUAAAAUCCUAAUAUUAUGACUGAUUAUGUUGAAACUAGAUACUAUAGAGCACCAGAAUUAUUAUUGGGUCUUAAAACAUAUACAUAAGCAGUUGAUAUUUGGAGUGUUGGAUGCAUUUUUGCUGAAAUUGUUAGAGGAAAAACUUUGUGGAGAGGUCAAAAUUGUAAAUUAUAUUUAAUUCAUAUCACUAGCCAAAUAAUAAAUUAAAAUGAUAUUUGAAACUAUUGGAACACCUUCUAAGACUAAAAUAAUGUAAGUUUAAGAUACAUUUGUAUCACAAAAAUUAGUUGAACUUGUUCAAGAAUUAGGAACUUUAGAAAAAGUUCCAUGGGAUAGAGUAGUAAAAGGAUUACCACCUGAAGGAUAUGAUUUAUUAGAAAAACUAUUAGAAAUUGAUUAUAAGAAGAGAAUCACAGCAGCUGAAGCUCUAAAACAUCCUUAUUUAAAAGAGCUACAUAAUCCAAGUGAUGAGGUAUAUUAUUUAACAUAUAUUAUUAUAUAGCCCACUAGAGUUCCUGUUUCUAAUAUGGAAUUUGAAUUUGAAAUGUAUGAAUUUACAAAUGAGUAACUUAAAGGUAUAUUUAAAUAAUAUUUUAAUAGAUAUGAUUUAUGAAGAGAUACUAUUAUAUCAUUAUCCAGAUUUUAAGAAAUCUUAUGAAGACAAGAUUGCCAAUAAUUAGAGUGUCAUCAGUCACAUUAUGAAAGGAGAAAGUGCUAAAAUUAUUGAUCCAGAAGCUGAUGAUGAUUAUCCAAUAUGAU